GGUGGAAGGGGAGUUUUAGGUCUUGGCUCUUUUUCUCUUCUCACCUGUCUGCUAGUCAGGCCAGGUCAGGGGUGGUUUCGAUCCCCGGGCCAUCAUACAAUCGCAUGUUGUCGUUCCCUCGCUACAGCUAUUCCUGGGCGAGGGUUUCGGUGCCAUCCGCGGUGAUCUUUCUAGCCAGUUUCCUGUUCGCGAUGCCGGGCUGGCUGGCUGCCUGCCUGCCUUUUUACCUACCCGUUGGCACUCAUCUGCCUGAAAGGAUGAUCGCCACGUUCCCUUCUUUUCCUCUUGCUUUUGCUGUUGCUGCCGCUGCCACUGCUGCUUGACGGCCCUUUUUGCUAUUACACUGCUAUUCCAAACUC